AUGGAAUACAUUUCUAGAAAGACGGUCGUCGUAGCAAUUAGAAGUUACACUAUCUCUAGAGGAGUUGACUACAAUGUGUAUGAGUCUGAACCACAGACAUUCUAUGGAAAAUACAAGAUGUAUGGGCGUGGGUGCGACUGGCUUAUCCGAGCCAACUUGAUACGGAAAAAAAGUUAUUGGGAGAUACGCAGAUAUAAUGUUGCUGAGGCUAUAAGGCCAUUGGUCGAGACUGACCCGUCCAUAAAGGUGAAAACUAUAAUAGCCGAAGUCCAGUCAAGGUUCAACUAUACCAUCAGUUACCGAAAGGCUUGGUUGGCAAAGCAGAAAUCCAUAGCGAAAGUUUUCGGUGAUUGGGAAGAGAGUUACCAAGCCUUGCCGUGGUGGCUCUCGGUUAUGGUUCAGAAGAUGCCUGGGUCAGUUGUCCAGAUAGAAACAUGCCCACUCUACAAUGGGAAUGAAGAGGCGCAAGGGGUAAAAAUACUUCAUCGCGUAUUUUGGAGUUUCAAUCCAUGCGUUAGGGCAUUCAGGCAUUGCAAGCCCCUAGUUCAGGUUAACGAAACACACCUAUAUGGAAAGUACAAAGGUACACUUCUGGUCGCUGUUGCACAGGAUGGGAACCAGAACAUUGUGUCUAUCGCUUUUGCCUUGGUGGAAGGGGAGACAGCUGAUGCGUGGCACUUCUUUCUAAGGAAUCUGCGAAUGCAUGUUGUUAGAAAAGAUGGUGUGGGUAUCAUCUCGGACCGGCAUGAGUCAAUUCGAGCAACAGUAAAUCGUUCCGGAGGUGACUGGCAACCUCCAAGAGCAUGGUGGAUGUUUUGUAUAAGGCACAUCGGCAGCAACUUCCUACGAGCAUUCAAAGUCCCUCACUUGCAAAAGCUUGUGGUCAAUAUUGGGUAUUCAAGAACGGUGGAGGAGUAUAAUAUCAACUAUAAGAGGUUGCAAGAGCGAGACGAGGCAUAUACCAGGUGGUGCGAUGCCAUUGGACUUAGACAUUGGGUAUUGGCAUUCGACAAGGGACAUCGAUGGGGCCAUAUGACGACGAACCUUGUCGAGUGCAUUAACUCAGUGUUGAAGGGUGCCCGUAAUCUACCUGUGUUGGCGCUAGUCCGAGCAACGUAUUAUCGGUUAAAUGAACUUUUCACACGGAAGAGUGCUGAGUCUCACGAACGCAAACGUGCUGGAUAUACUUAUUCCGUAUUCGCACAACAGCGGAUAGAGGCAAGUAUGCAACAGGCUGGGAAUAUAGUUGUGCACCGUUUUGACAGACGGAAUGAAGUAUUUGAGGUGCGCGAAAUGAGUAGCGGAAAGGUAUUAGUCGUUGAUCUUGCACGACGUACGUGUGAUUGUGGGCACUUUCAGGUGGAACGAAUACCAUGUCGCCAUGUUAUUGCUUGCUGUGCUAACCAGCGGAUCGAUUGGCACGUGUAUGUGCAUGACGUGUACAAGAUGACAGAGAUCCGUAAGGUAUAUAAAUUCGAGUUCUCACCGUUAGGUGAUGCCGAGACAUGGCCUGCGUAUGAGGGACCCACAUUGGUCGCUAAUCCCGCCUUGAGGCGAACGUCAAAAGGUCGCCCAAAAUUGACCAGAUACUUGAACGAAAUGGACUCACGCGACAUGCGUGGUCCUCGGAUAUGCCGUCUCUGUGGUGCUCAAGGACAUAGUCGGAGUCGAUGUCCUCAGCGUGCUGGAUCAAGUGGUGGGGGGAAUGACUUUUAUUUUGUGUGUGAUUACCGUGAUAAUGUUAACAUUUACUGCCUUACUGAAGCAAAGAUACAAAUUUUUAACUACUAA